CACUGGAGCUCACUUGUGGAUACUCUGGACACUACUAAGUUGGAUUUAUUCAGUUGACUGAUUACCUUUCCACGGAUCUUCGCCAUGAUCAAGUCAGCGACCUGCGCUUUGUGGAUCUUACUGCUGGGUUCGUGUCUACCUUUGCCCGCGGAAGGAGGAGGAGAGUUUUGCCAUGGUUGGUUAGACUCGUACAACACCUGGCACAGAGGCUUCUCAUGUCCCGAGCAGUACGACAGCGUAGAAGCGCGCUAUUGUUGCGGGACCUGUAGCUUACGAUACUGCUGCACGUCUGCCGAGGCCCGACUGGAUCAGAGCACCUGCGAGGCGGAUGACUUUACGACCAACAAUGGCAAAGGCAGGACAAUGUCACCAACGAUGCCCACAUAUUUGCCAUUUGUGAUUGUGGUUGGCGCAUUCCUGUCCUUCGUGCUGGUCGGAACGGUGGUGUCGGUGUGCUGCUGCCAUUGUUUGAAGCCGAAGAGUGCAGACCACCACAGCGGCCUGACCCCCACCCAGACCAGCUUACUGGAAUCGGGAGGAGCGGGAGCUCCAGGGGCCCUGACCCCAUCCAGAGACUCCAGCUCCAGUGGCAGCUCCGUGGGACGGUCCACAGCCACCACCAGGCCGUCAGGUUCCGAUGGCACCGUGAACGCAUACCCACCCAUGGGAAAUAUGUACCCGACGCUGGGUUUGCAGCAGCCCCAACACUUUGCAUCCCCUGCCCACUUGCAAGGACAGUUCUACCAGCCAUACCUGAACUACAGUGUCCCACCAGAGCACACCAUGAUCACAGCUCCGGUCUUUCUGGACACCCACGCUGCGUACAGACAACAACACGGGCAGCCAUUUCCUCAAGCCCCCAUGCACACAGAGCCCAUCUGUCCUCCUGGGAUGACCCUCUGACAGCAGCCCUGAAACUUCCUGGCAGCUGACUGAAAGACAUUUUACUAAGUUGAGAUUUUCAAAAUGGUGACUGGUCACUGAAAUUUUGUUAAGAGAGAGGAAUUCAGACUGUUUUUUGUUUCCCCUCUGUGAGGUUUUUUUUCAUUUAUAACAAGGGUUCCUGCCCUGGCAGGAAGACACUUCAGUGUGGACUUAGUCCAGUUUAAUGGGUAGAGCCUACUGAGUGACCUUUGAGAAGCAUGACCAUUUUACUCUUAACUUCUUUCUCGAAGUAUUCAUUCAUUUCUAUGAAAUGUC